AUGGGUGGCAAAGAGCAAAAAGAAGGUUGCUCCCUAAUGCUUUCACUCCAGUCCUGCUUAGUCAGUGUGAGGUUGGUGGAUGGUGGGAGUCGCUGUGCUGGGAGAGUGGAGGUUCUUCAUAGAGGACAGUGGGGAACAGUGUGUGAUAAUGGCUGGGAUAUGAGAGAUGCUGCAGUGGUGUGUAGAGAGCUGGGCUGUGGAGAGGCUGUAGAUGCACUGAGUGAUGCUCACUUUGGAUCAGGAUCAGGACCAGUUUGGAUGGAUGACAUUGACUGUAGUGGAUCAGAGUCUACACUGAAGAACUGUAGAUCAGGAAGAUGGGGUAAAAAUAACUGUGACCAUAAUAAGGAUGUUGGAGUCAUUUGCUCAGGUAAACUGCACUAUAUAUUUAUACCUAUGACUUUAGUCUCUGAUUAUAUCAUUUUAGGAGUCAGGUUGGUUGGUGGUUCUUGCUGCUCUGGGAGAGUGGAGGUGUUUCAUGGAGAGACCUGGUCCACAGUGUGUGAUGCUGACUUUGACCAGCAGGAUGCAGAGGUUGUGUGUCGAGAGCUGGGCUGUGGGCUUCCUGUGGAGGUCCUGAGAGCAGCUGCUUUUGGCAGAGGGGAGGGUCAGGUGUGGUCAGAAAAUCUUCAGUGUAGAGGCAACGAAUCUCAGAUUUACUUCUGUCCAAUAUCAUCUUCACUCAAACACAACUGCUCCCAUGACAGUGAUGUGGGACUGGUGUGUGCUGGUAAGAAUUUUUGUGUUCAACACAAGUGCAUGAUGUGCUCUAAAACGUUAUUUUAAAGACAGGUGUAGGCCUGUGAUUGGUCAGGGGUAAUGAAUGAACGAAUGACAUAGCAUUAGAGACUUACUGGCAGAACUUCCGCUAAGGUUUCCAUUUCUGCUAGAAAGACUCAGGAGGCAAGA